AUGGGGGCGCCGUCAAAGUUCUCGAGCAUUCGGGAUGCAGCUCAGUACGUGAACGAAGAGCUUCAGCGCAGGUCGCUUUUGCCCGCGUCUCGAAAACUUCAGUUUCAGACGAUCGAUGAAGUAACGCUAGAACCGCACCUGGCUCGCAUAAACAACGAUAAACUGAUCAUAAACACUUUCCACAAGCUUCUGAAAAGGCUUGAAGAGCUCGAAUCGCGCGAUGUGGCCAUUGAUGUCCCGAGAGAUUCAUCACCACUACUCAAAAGCUCUAUUGGCUCUCGAACAAAGCCAAUUCUGGAAAAGAAAAUCGCCAAACCGUGGUCCAGACAGCCGCAAGUAUCUGCACGCCGUAACGAAGUAAUGCUCGAGCAAUUGAGAGCCCGGUUGAAGCUCGAUGGUCCAGACCUUACUUGGUCUACUCGCCCUGUGCCAGAAGCUGAUGAAUCGCAGUCCAAAGAGGCCACUAAUGAUUCUCUCACUGUGCUGCUUAAAGCGCUGGCAAUGCACAAGUCCGAGUCGUCGGCUGCGCUUCUGCAAACAGUUGAAUUUUUGCACAAUUGCAAUGGUUACCUCUAUACACGGUGUGUUCACAAUUGCGAAUGCCAGGUUCCUCUCAAAGUUCAGCUGAGAGUAGAAGAGGACAGUCCGGAUCAAGAGCUCCAUAAUUCAGAGCCAGAACUUCGGCACACUCUCGAUAAACUACAGGAGCUAAUGAAUGAUUGGUAUGACAUUGCACAAUUGCUAGAGAAAGACGGUCCUUCGUGA